UUGUUUAUUAUUUUUUUUAUUUAAUUCUUCUUGUAUUAUCAUCCACAUUCACACCACUAUAGGGACAAUGCCUUAAGAGAUUAUGGGAAAUAUUCAAAGACUGCAUUAAGCAAAAUAUUUUAAAAAGAGAACUGCUGGACAAGGGCUGUGAGAGGAAUACAAAUUUGAGCAAACUGAUUAUUCUCUCCUUCAUUCUUCAAUACUGUCAACUUUUCCAGGACUGAAACUAGACUGUGACUCAACUACUCAAAGAACAACAACAGCACCUUAGUACCUAUAGGGCAGCUGUACUAUGACCCCAGUGCUGCCAGGAGGCUUAACACAGGAUGGCGACACUACCCUGUGGAGCAUCCUAUAUAGACGGCAACAGCUCCAAAAACGCCUCGAGUUUCUCAAGGCGAUCCAAAAGAAGAACAACAGACUGGAAGAAUCACUUGCAAACGAAGAGGGCCCACCUGAACUGGAAAGAAUAGAGGAGGAGUUAAAACUUCUGGAGGAAAAAGAGAAGGAACUUCUAAAGAAUCAAAAUGUUUCAACGAAAGUGACACCACAGGCCACAGGAAAACCCCCUGACAGAGAUGUUGGCCAUGAUUUACUCGCCAUGACAGAUGCAAAAGGUCAAAUGCAAGGACUGUACGUUCUCCCCUUUUCUCAAUCAGAAUCUAUUGCUACUCCUUACAUUCCUCCGCAAGAGGAAAAAACAGAGCAGCCAAAAGCACCAGAGCCUGUCGUUCAACAGCCAAAAAGUCCAACUCCAAAUCCAAAUCCAAAGCCAAAUCCAAAUCCAAGUCCAGAUCCCCCAGUGAAGACAAUUCCCUUGGAUGAUCUCCCCAUGACCAGUGCCACAGUGAAGUGUCCUUUUUGCAAAAAGAUUGUCGACACUGAGGUUCGCUACAAAAUUGGCAGCAAUGCCUUUCUCUUUUGCUGUCUGUUAUCCGUGGUGGGGUGUCUGGCUGGAUGCUGCUUCAUCCCCUUCUGCAUGAACCGCUUCAAAGAUAUCGCCCACAAGUGUCCGUCCUGCAGCAAAGAUGUUGGUAAAUCUCAAAGGCUUUGAGGCACAGACAGUGUAGUACGACUCUUAGUCUGUCAUAGUAUGAGGGUAAAAAACGGUCCCCAGUAGAGACUGGAGGUGAGCACAGGAAGCUGUAAGGGAGAUUCAGGUCAUUAGGGCCUCAUUUUAAGAAGAAAGGAUGUUUAUCCGUCCUUACAGAAUUGUUGCGGAAAGUCAAUAUUUGGCAUUUCAACAUUGUUCAUACUUUACACUGGGUUAGAAUUUAAUCCUGGGUAUUCAAUGUAGGCUACAUGUGUAAAUCUUGGGUUCACAUUCUUAUUUACAUAUUCUGUUGCUAAACAAAUUACUGUAAGAUUUUAGGAUUGUACAGGCCUUUAGGCCUUAUGAUUCAAUAAUAGUCAAGUUAAGUUAUUAAUAGUUGACUAUUUUACCAUAUUGUUUGUGGUACUUCCUUUCGUGCCAAACAAUAAUGAGUAACAGAAUCUAAUGUACUGUGGUAAUAUAGUGGUAUCUGCCACCAGGAAUUUGUAUUAACCACUUUUGUACAUGCAUGAGAAACUUCCAAUAGACUUUGUUUAAUGACUGGUGUAAUAAUUUGGGUAACAAUCAAAACCACCGGGACAUUUAUUCAACCUCCUUUGUAACAUGAUAAUAUACUGUUAUAUUCUAAAUAUUCAAUUUCAAAUGCUCUGUUUGAGUGACAUAUGUGAUACACAGAAUAAUCUCUGAAUAUAACACUAGUUUGCAUUCAUGUAAUAGAGUAUAUGAGCCUGGAAAAGAGUCAAAGAAUGGUUUAAGGGGAGAGUAAUGUAUAUUAUAACCUACUGUCACUAUAAAAACAAAUGCAUUUUCCUACCUCAUUAUUGAUCAAACUAAAUUGGUGCAUAUACAGGUGAAACUCG